GGUUAGCAAAAUAUCUGGGGUGUGAAACGAUCAUCUGCUCCAGCUGAUUCAUUGACGUGAUAUUGAAAUAACAAAUAAUGAAACUAUCACUGCGUAGAUUGAUAAACUCUACAAGAGUUUGAAGAGUACAAAUCUAAGUGACCUUAAGAGAGCAGAUAACUUAUACCCUUCAUCGUCCAUAACGCGAGCGAAAUGACAGCUGGAGAAUUCAAAUUUCGUGCAAAAAUUGUCGAUAACCCGUGACGUUCGUGAUAAUCGGAUUUCUUGUCGUUUGCAUAACUCUAGUAUAGUAUUAUAAGGAGAAAAAAGGUGAGGACUCACUCUUUCAGCCUCUUUUUCCAUCGAAAAUAGCCUUGAAAUGUUUCAAGGAAAGUUUAUCGAUCUGCUUUACCUUAAUGAAGCGGUAAACCAUGAAGCAAAUCUCAAUAGAGAUAUUUGUAAUGAUAAAAAAACAAAUUUUUAAAAAUGAUGCUUCGGCUUCAUUUGUGGCGAGGCUAGGACCGGUCUCUUUACCCCAAAGGGCGCAUUUUCAACUGAUAGGAUUGGAAAAUUUUAUUGAGAGGGUUAUAUUCAGUAGCUUGAUAGAAGAAACAGUUGAAAAUCGUAGCUGACCGGCCAGCCUUUAAUCAAUAAGGAUCUGAAUAAUGUGAACCACCAACGAGAAGUAGAUUUCAUUUAAGUAUACGACUAGCAGUCAUGAAUAUUCGUGAUAAUUCCGUGCGAACACCUCGAGGGUCCCAAAUAAUGGAUGGCAAAAUUGUAAGAACUUAAAGGAAACAUUUGUGUUUCAGUAUAUUUUACUCAUCAAAUACUCAUUACAAAGUGCCAAUGAGAAGUCAUCAGUGGAAAUACGUGGCUGAAAGUAAAAGACACUUGAGUUCCUUAUCAACAAAAAUAUGAUUAUGUUUGCUGUAAAAGAGCACCAUUAUUAUUGCCAUUAAAAAAGUGAAUAAAUCAUAACAUUACAAACAGAACAUGUAACGUUUUUCAAAGUUAACUGAACCAAAUCUACUGUUUUUCACCCUCUGUGCUUUCUUUUAUGUGUCUUACGCUAAAACAUCUUUAAUCUGCUUCGUAAUUUCAUUUAAAAAAUGUGUUAUGGGUUUGAAACUGUUAUUACCACGUUAAGAUGUUUGAUUCACUUUUGUAGUAAGGUUAAGAAGGAACUUUAUGUUGUUUUCAUAUGGGACUAUGUGAGGAAACGAAGAGAGCUGUGUGCGCGUUCUCGUUGAGAAGACGAAAAAUUUAAUCUAAAAGGUAGCAAACAAUUUUCAGGCCACUUAAACUUCUAAAGUAUUUAAUUUUGGUGGAAAGUCCCCUCUAAAAUACGGCCUCCUCAAGUAAAGGCGCGGUGUUUCUUAUUUGUUUUUCCAUAGAAAUCAACCACCUGAAAAUUUGAAUUUCCAUCCCAGAUCACGCAUUCGUAAAAAGAAUAACAUAUAAAAGUAACGCGAAUUUAGUGAAAAAAGUGUCCUAGAUUUUUAAAAAUCAAACAAGCGUUCUCGCGAUUCCACAGAAAAAGAGUUAGAAAAUGAAGCGAUUAGUUUCCUUUCUUCACUGUUUCGCCAUUUUUCAAAUGACAAUGGCUGCAAGUCCUCUCGUUCAGGACAAAGAAGAGAUCUUGGCACUUAAAGAAAGUGCUGAUUCCCCCAUAACAUCCCCCAACUCUAGAAGUAUUUUGGGAUUCGGUCUGAUGAUAUUGUGCGGAGUCAAUAGAAACCCCCUCGACUACAAUGGUUACGGAUGCUACUGCGGACUCGGCGGAGAGGGAACACCAGUUGAUGAUGUAGACAGGUGUUGCCAAAUACACGAUGCCUGCUACAAUGCAGUGCAGAACUCGGGCAGUUGCCCGUUCGAUGUGGCAAUUUAUGUCAUGCCCUACAGUAGGAGAGGUUGUCUUGGAUGCGAGCCUGCUAGUUACUACUGGUUUUACGGCAAGUGUCGGAACGCUUUGUGCGAGUGUGACAGUGAGGCUGUCCAGUGUUUCAAGAGUGCUACGUUCAAUGAUGCUUACAAAGAUCAUCCACAAGAAAAAUGUUAAAAAUGCAAUGCCCGAGACAUUAAGUGAUUAUUCAAUGAAUUAAAAAAGAAAACCGCUAUUAAAAGAGUCUUAUCUUA